AUGCCACCGCAUACUACCACCAACUUGGUGCUAUCGGUUCUAGCAACAGCAGCAAUAACAACAGCACUAGUAGAACUAUACCACGCCUAUAACGACACUAACACUACCACAACUACCACUAAAACCACAAGCAAAAGCAAAACCAAACUCCCGCAGCCUUCAUCCACCAAGAAUGAAUACUCGGAAGAACUAAUCCGCGAACAGCUAGCACGAAACUACGCCUUUUUAACCGAAGAUGGCAUGUCGCGCGUGCGCUCGCAGCGGAUCGUGGUGGUGGGAGCAGGUGGAGUCGGCUCAUGGGUAGCAACAAUGCUUGCCCGAUCGGGAGUCGGCCAAAUCCGCAUAAUAGACUUUGAUCAAGUCUCACUUAGUUCGUUGAACCGUCAUGCCGUAGCGACGCUAGCUGACGUGGGCACUUCCAAAGUCGCGUGCUUGCAAUCGCACUUGGCGCAGAUCGCACCUUGGAUCCGCGUUGAUGCCAUUAACAAGUUGUGGAACUUGGAUCUGGCUGACGAGCUCAUUUUCGGAGACGGGUUCGAUCCUACUUAUGUCGUUGACUGCAUCGAUAAUUUGGAUACCAAAGUUGAUCUCCUUGCCUUUUGCCAUGCCGGUAAGAUACCAAUUGUUUCUUCCGGGGGAGCAGCGACCAAAUCUGAUCCCACGCGGAUCAACAUUGCCGACAUCUCCAAGACGGAAGAAGACCCGCUCGCGAAAAAGAUUAGGAUCGUGUUGAAGAAACGAGGCGUGGUGGAAGGCAUACCUGUUGUUUUCUCAGCUGAGAAACCCGACCCUCGAAAAGCCAAACUCUUGCCCUUGCCCGAGGAGGAGUUUGCUCGCGGGUCCGUUGAUGAGUUGUCAGCACUCCAGGAUUUCCGCGUGCGGAUCUUGCCUGUGUUGGGCACGAUGCCCGGGAUGUUUGGCUUGGCUAUCGCCACCCACAUUUUAACCAGCGUCGCCGGUUACCCCAUGGAGCCAAUUGAGGGAAAGAACCGGUACAAGGUGUACGAUGAUUUGGUCAAGAGUUUAGCUGCGCAACAGGGGAGAUUGGGCAUCGAAGAGCAGAGGGUGCCUGUUUCCGUUGGCGAUGCAAACUACUUGUUGGAGGAGGUGUUUCGCGGUAAAUCUCCAAUAUCUUUGCUUUCUUCGCGCUUAGUCUUGAGUCGAUGGGACCCUGCUCGAGAACUCGGUUGUCUGAACGUGGUAGUCAUGACCAAGGAAGAACAGAGAAACCAUGAGAAGCGCGUCUUGUUGGGUGGCGAAGAUGUCGCCAGUGUUUAUCCUGCAGAAGUGGUGACUUUGGUCAACAAGAGGUUUAAAGACGAGGCUUACUAUUCUAGAUUCCGUUAG